AUGUCCCGUCGUAUUUUCAUCGUCCGCCACGGCGAGCGCUCAGAUGGUCCGGGGCUACCUCCUCCACCAGAUGAUGGAUUUCCAGAUGCUCCGCUUACCGUUGCCGGACUGUUCCAGGCGCGUUGCACGGCGGCCGCUCUGAAGACAUUGAUAGGGCCUCUGAGUGUGGCGGUGGUCUCCUCCCCAGCCCGUCGCUGCUUGCAGACGGCAAGGCCCAUCGCUGAAGCGCUGCAGGCUGCGCUCUACGUGGAGCCGGGGCUGGCCGAUUGGAGCCAAACGAGUCGGCCAGUGCCAGUGCAGGCAACGCUGCCGGAGCUGGGCCUGGAGGUGCUGGGCCCUGUUUCGGCUGAACCGCCAGGGGAGGAGACGUGGGAAAUGGCCGUGCGGCGGUACAGAGAGACUUACGCAGGCUUAGUUUCAAGCGUCUCAGCGGUGCCCGCGACCGAAACGCUGGUUCUGUGCAGCCACCAAGCUGCCCUUGAAGCCCUGGCGCCCGCUUCCUGGACACAGGGCCAUUGUGCUGUGACGGAGCUGUCUGGAAUUCCUCCCGUGCCCGGAUCACUUCUGCAUGAUUCUUCAGCAUGGCGCCUGAGAUUCGUCUUUGUGGCUUCCCGGGAGCCUCGGCCACGGUACUGGCGGGCGAAUCUGGGCACAGCGGCCACAACCAGGCCACUUGAAUCUCAUGCAGACUUCUGGAGUGUUGCAGCUGCCGAUGUGGAGGCUCAUUUGACCCUGUCCAGUUCCAAGCGCGAGCGUCCGCUUCUCCUCUUUUUCCUUGAUGUGACCGGGGAGCUCAUCCACUUAUCUGGCGGUCUGGCCGUUUCGGCCAGCGAGGCGGGGGAGCUGACGCUGGCAAAGGCGGCGCAGAGACUUCGCUGGUCCACGGGACCCGGAGGUGAGCUGUUGAACGAGAAGGGACUGCAUGUCGCUGUACGAAACGGUGAGAUGCCCACUCUGUGGUUAACAGAAGGGAGCAGCGACGACUCCGUGGCCUUUGACCUCGUCCCGCUCGGCAAGCCCGGCCCUGGCCCGGCUGGCGCUGGCACUGGCGCGAUGGCGGAGCGGCGGAAGCUACGCAACAUUUCUCCCUUGAAAGAGCCUGCAGGGGCCGUAUAG